GCUGGAGAUUGAAGAUCUCUCACUGCCUGAACUGGCCAAGUUAGACCUGUUACACCCUCCAAGUGAGUACCAUGACCGGGUAUUAUAUACAGAGCGGAUGUACUAACGCUGAGGAAGAAUGGGAGAUGGACGGAGAUGCUCAGUUUGAAGAAGGGCGCAUCAUUCUGACCCCGAAAGCAUCGACGUGGGGAGCUUUGAACAAUCCAACAAAGCUGAACACUGAUAGAUGGACAGUGGAGGCUGUGUUCCGUAGUGUGGGCUCACGUGGUAAGAACGGUGGUGCAAUUGCACUGCAGUACUCCACUGGUGGUAUCCGUGAUACUGUGUGGAACGAAUUCGAUGGGUUGAAAGUGGUUGUAGACUCAAACAGUGAAUUGGGCAGUUCUGUUCAUGGCUUCUUGGAUACACGCACUAAGGAUCUCGCCAAGAUUGAAGAUGCAGACAGAUACAAAGAGUCGUUUGGUUCAUGUCUGCUGCCAUACCAGGACUCACAAGUUCCAACGACCCUGAGAAUCGCCUAUUACGAUGGCUUCUUGGUAGUCCAGGUGAACAAUAGAAUAUGUUUAAAGACCAAGAGGGUGAAGCUGCCAAAGGGUAGAUUCGUUGGUGUUAUGGCCCAGUCUGGUGGUAUCCACGAACAAUUCGAGCUGUUGCGAUUGAAGACGUAUGAUGGGGUCGUCAGUGAAGUUCUCGAGAACGAUGGAUUCUCCGCUUUCCAACCGAAAGUAGUGCAGAAGAUUGUCCAAGUUGAUGAGAAAGGACAGCCAGAGAAACAAUCUAAGCAACAGCCGAAGCAAACAAAACAGCAGGCAAAACAAGAGGCAAAACAGCAUAAGCAACAAACUGAGCCAAAUAAUGGUGGCAAUUCAAACGCUGAGAUUCUUGAACAAUUGGCAAGCCUCAAGUCUCAAAUACGUGCACUCGCUGAGGGUGCAAGUCCAAAUGAGCUCUCCUCUUUGGAUGCACAGGAGAAGAAGUUCAAACAGCUGUCUGUUGAUUUUGAAUCUUUAUCAACAAACGUUAGAGGUUUACGUACAACAUUGACACAGUUGACUGCAAUCAUUGAGAAGUUGAACAAUGACAACGUCGAUCAACUCAGAGAAAAUGAACAAACCAUAAAGGAGUUGUCAAAUAAAGUAGAAUACUUGGUGCUUGCAGAGAAGCAGAGACAUCACGAUACUCCAAUAUCAGAUUUGAUUGCUGGCUUGAAAUAUUUGAUCCUACCACUCAUAUUUAUCUCUUUAGGGUUGUGCUUCAUGGCCUACAGGUUGCGUCAUGAUAUAAAGACAAAACUGUUGUAAUACUUAUGACAUUGAAUCAUUCUGAUGGCUUCUGGACAGCACUGGCAUCAGCAGCUAGUUCAGUGUGCUCUUGAACAGGUUUCUCAGCGUACGGUGGUUUAACACCGCUGAGAUUUCCACAUCCAAUAUAAUUUGGGUUUGGUUUACGCUUCUUUGUCAUCACUUGAUCACAGUUCAAAUACUCGUUAAACCGCGUUUCAACGUCUUCAACUUUUAGAAACUCACGCUUCUUCUGUAGAUAUUCAGCCUCAUUAGUCUGUUCCCUUGUCAUACCAGCUUCAACACCGGCUUUAAUUUGCCAAUAGUAAGGCCAUUGUCUAAGCCUUUGCGUUCUAGACAUUGAUAUGUAGUUGUUCAUCUCAACAGU